AAGUCAACCGUCCGCAGGAACCGUGUUCCGAUCCAACGAAUUUCCACCGUAAGAUUUUACUUAAUAAAACACGAGUGAAGACAUGGAAAGCUGUUUAAAUCCCCUGAAGUUCAGGAGGAUUUUGAAGCUGGUGAUUUGAGUGUUUUACAGAAGGGGAAAGUGAUCGCAGCACUUUUGCCAUUUUUGCGACAGAACAUGAAGACAUCAAGCCAAUAAUCCUUUCUCUGUUUUCCCCCUAAUUUUUUCAGCUUUACAUUGUUCUUGGAAAGUUGUGUGCCCCCUGUUGCAAAUUCCCUGAGCCAUUUUGGGAGUUUGCCACUCUUAGGCCCUGUCUCCCUCCAGUUGGCACAGAUAAAGACUCAGUUGGCACUCAACCAGCUGAAUGCAAUUGCUGGCCGAAGCAUCACUCCCCCUGCAAUUGCUUCACCUGCCUUGACCUUGCUCAACUUUCUUAAGGUCACCAUGUCACAUCCAAUAUAUAAUCCCCUUGGGGGGACUUUCCCUAAUGGUCAGAGACCCAUCAUGCCUGGACAGUAUGGGUCUCUGGGGUCACAGUCUGGACUGGAGCUGGGGGCAGCCCGUCUUGGCCCAGGUUCCAUGUCCACUUCUCGUGGGGGAUUGAUGGUUAACCAGCAGAUGCCCUUCUCAUUGGGACAACGUCAGUCGCAGAUUUCCCAAGACCUUAAUGCCGCAAUAGACCAGAACAUUAGGGGAGCCCGUGAGGAAGUCCGCCGUCUUACGCAAAUACUACAGCAACCCAAAACAGCAGACACCCGCUUGAGAAAGGACACAAGGGAUGAAGGGCUUUCCUCAGGAGGGAGUGGUUAUCCAGGGACUGGUGGUGCCUCGAGAUCUGAUAAGGCAGACUGGUCUAUAUACCAGGUCCCCAACCAGCUUUUUGCCUCUUCUAGCUUGGAUCGUGCUUCCAGUUCCACACAGGUGUUCCAGUCUUUCGGUUUUGGUGGCAGUGGAGCAUCUAGCAGUUUGGACAGCCAACUUCCACCAGAAAAACGACCUUCACGCUACACCUCAGAAAGUGCCAGCAACAUCCUCGCCAGCUUUGGACUCUCAAAUGAGGACCUAGAGCUACUAAGCCACUAUCCAGAUGAUCAACUGACACCUGACAACCUCCCAUUUAUUUUACGAGACAUCCGUAUGCGCAAGUCGAAGAGGAACAUCUCUGAUAUUGAUGCAAGAUCCAAACUCAUGGACUCUGACCCGCGGCACGGCAAUGUCAUUGACUAUGGACAUUCUAGUAAAUUUGGCUAUCCUGAGGAGAGCUCGGUUGGCUAUGCAAGUGAACACCAACAUAAAGAGUCACCCAAGUAUGGGAGGGAAGUCUCUGGACCUCCAUUUAGUGGCAUGGACAUCACAAAGCCUCCUCAGCCAUGCCAAGCAGCUUCAGGCCCUGCAGAAGUUCCAAAAAUUCAGAAACCUCCUCCAGUGGAUUCAAGACCCACUAAGAUAAUCCCAGCGAGACCAUCUGCUUCCCAGUCUAUCCUGCCACUUUCCAGUCGACCUCCUUCACAGAUGCCACCUCCUUCACAGAUUCCUCCUCAGCUUGGUGUUCAUCCUCUGAUGACCAUCGAUGACAUCUCCAGAGGUCCAAGCUCUAACUGGAUCCCAUUCCUUUCACCUCCAGUCAGCGUGCCUACUCUAAAGAGACUUCCAACCCCCACCAUGAUGAAUGAUUACUCAGCAGCUACUCCAAGAAUCUUUCCUCAUACAUGCUCUCUAUGUAACAUAGAAUGUGUCCAGAUUAAGGACUGGAUUGAACAUCAGAACACAAAUCUUCACAUUGAGCGUUGUAGACUUCUUAGGAAACAAUACCCUGACUGGAAUGUUGAGGCUGUCUCUGUUUCAAGACCUGAAUCAAAGUCAGAACACAGCAGCUCAAAGCGUCGCACCAGAUCUCACUCAUACUCCAGAUCCCCCAGCCCGAAGCGGCAACAUGAUUCCUCAAGUCGCCGUAAACGGUCACGAUCUCGAUCCCGGAGCCCUCGAAGGUACCGGCGCAACAGAAGUCACAGCCGGUCUCGAUCCCCCUAUAGGAAGACUCGUGUCAGCCCUUACAGGCGGAGUUCCCGUAGCCCACCAUCCCAACGGUCAAGGUCUCCAGGUAACAGCAGUAGCAGUAGGUGCUCUCCUGCACGUCGAUCAAGCCCCCGCCGAAGCAGCCCCUCCUGGCAGAGAUCUAGCAGUAGUGAACGACUGGCUAAAAAACUCAUGUCGUCAGCUGAGCUUUCCUCAAUCGCAGAUAGUAAUACUUUGAAAGCCGUGGUUAAGUCCUUGGCACCAGCCCUACUUGCUGAACUAGCCAAGAAGAGAAGCAUCUCCACUACUUCCUCAUCAAAGGGAAGCAGCAGCAGUUGGAGACUGUCUUCCUCUCUUCCUAAGAGAAGUGAACCCUCCAGGUCAAGCAGACCAUCCACCUCAAGGACUACCAGCUCUUUAAAGGAUGUGAAGCCUAAAAGCAGGGAUGCCCCAGGCACUGCCUGUUUGCUGAGGCUCAUAGGAAUUCCUCAAGGCACUACCAGCGAAGAACUGACUGAAGCCAUUGAACCCUUUGGCAAGAUUUAUACUGCCAUCCUCCUCAAAGCCAUUAAAGAGGCCUCAGUGUGUAUGGAAAGAGAGGAGGAUGCCAAAGCUUUGCUCAACUGUAAGAACCUUACAAUUCAUGGGCAAGUCAUUAAGAUCUGCAUGGAGAAGGAUGCAAGAGAAAAUGAAAGAAAAAAAUCUGAGAAGGCUGAGAAAACGUUUAAAAAAGAGGUUACUACAACAAAGCCAACCCAGUCAGUGAAAGUAAAAGGUACAAACACAGUCAAGGCACCUCUGUCAGCUAAAGCAAAAGUGUCGACAAGUGCCAAGAGGUCUCAAGUAACCAAGGCACUCCAAAAACCAAGUGACCCUAAAAAGACUGUACAGUCUGCUAAAGCUAAACCCCCUGCUAAGGGUUCAGAGAAACCAGUUACCAAGAAGAUUGUUAAAAAGGCAAUCCCCUGGAGAAAAAAUGUAGUUGUGAUUUCUGAUCUUCCAGAGGAAGGGGUCACUGAGGAUGAACUCACAAACCUUGCUAAACCCUAUGGCUUCAUCUCGACUCCUGUCAUAGCUAUCAUUCAGCAAAGGGCCUACCUGCAAAUGCCUAACACAGUGGCAGCUGAAGCAAUGGUGAAGGCUUACUCCGAAACUCCAGCUAAAGUGCAGAACAAACAGAUAACCGUCAAGAUGAUGAUGCAACCUAUCGACCUGAACUACAUGGAGUCGAUUUUCAGAGUACUGCUGUGCAUGGAGAAGUCACCUGAAAUUGUCACAUUACCAGAACGUCUACUUAGUGUUAAUAAUGUGCCAAAUACACUUGAGGCAAUCAAGGAAGUAGAGACCCUGAUCCAACGCCAUGGUACCUACAAGAAGCAUUUACCUCUGAAUGGGAGGGUGAUUUUUGAAAUGGAGAGUGCUGCAACUGCUAGGACCACCUACAGUCAACUCCUCAAGAUUCGUUGUAUGGUCCAGAACAAUUUGCUUGCCUUCCAGCUAGCCAAACCACUCAAGGUAGUUGAGCAGGUGAAAAAGAAGUCACAAGCAAAAGGAGCUCAACCUCCUGGUAAGUCAGCAGCUACAGAAGGGAAACCUAAUACCACCAAGGCUCAAAGGGCAGUGGCCUGCAGCAGCAACUACUGCGUCUGCACCUAAUGGUGCUGCCACUUCAGAAGCAACUCCCAUUGUUGGCACUGCUGGUGCCCAGGACAAAAUGACUACAGUUCCCUCUAUCACAGUGGACAAAGCUGCCUUGACUGAUGCUGAUAUUGUUAUGACUGAAGGAGAG